AUGGACAGCAAUGUUGGUGUGUUUGCUGUUGGGAAAACUGGUGGGGGCACUGGGAAGCUACGGGCACUGAUUUCUGGAGAUCACAGCUUAACUACAGUCAGUCAAGUAUCAGUGAAAGCUGGAGAAUCUAUCUCCAUCCCAUGUCUUUAUGACUCCCAGUACGAAAAUUAUCUUAAAUAUCUGUGUAAAGGAUACUAUUAUCGAGAAUGCACAUAUGCAGUAAAAACAAACCAGCCAGGCCAGUCAGGAAAAUAUUCAAUCUCUGAUGACAAAAAACAAAGAAUCUUCACUGUGACUAUUAAAAAAUUAAACGCAGAUCAGGACAGUCAUUACUGGUGUGCUGUGGAGAUUCCUGGGAUAUGGAAAGAUGUGAAAGUCUAUUUUCAUCUGUCUGUCACCAGGGGUCCACCCAGUUUCUAUGUGGAUCAUCAGGAUAUUACAGGUUUUAAUGGAGGAAACAUCACCAUCAAGUUUUACAGUACACAAACUGGGAAAAUAAAGUGGUGCAAGUUGGGCAGCGAGUGUGUAACACAGCCAACUGGAUCAAUAGAUGGAACAAGAGUGAGCAUUAAUGAAAGUGCCCACAAUGUUUUCACUGUCACCAUGAGUCGAGUGACCACAAAGAGCAGCGGAUGGUACUUAUGUUAUAAAGGAGACCUCCAGGUGCCAGUGCAUUUAACUGUGAAUGAAACUUUCACACCCAAAUGGACCAAAAGAGAAUCAUCAGGGACGGCACUGACUGAAAGAGGCGCAGAAGAUGUUACAUACAGCACUUUGGCUGACUACCAAGCUCAAGGCACCUAA